AGCAAGCAAUUCAACAAAAUAAUGAGCAAAUCCUGAAUCAAGAGAUCGAAGAUAGUGUAAUCAACUUAACUAGCACUAAUACAAAGCAAGACCCACAUCAAUUGCUCUCCGCAACUACAAAAUCAAAAAAAAUCAAAGUGAAUUUUGAUAUAAAAAUCAACAAAGAAAAGAGAAAGAAUAUGGUUGAAAAUAUAAACAUGAUGAUAGAACUAGAAAUAUAG